CCAGCGCCGGCGCUUCGCUUCCUGCUGCUGCUGGAGCAGCGAGGCGCAGGAGCGCAGCUGGACACGUGACACGAACUCCUCCCCCGCCUCCUCCAUCGCCGCCGGGCCAGGCCCCGCCACGUGACACCUGAGGUGAAACACGUCACAGAGCACGUUUUACUGAGAGACGGCGCAUUGUUCCUGUUUCACAGAUGAAGAAUCUACCACACAGAGGACAUCAGUUACCUGGGGCACUAAGAGGAAGUGGAAGGCUACACCAGUCCUGGACUGAAGAAAAACAAAUGGGUUAGAACUAUGAAGUUCAAGUCCAGAGCCAAACUUUCCAACAGCCCCAGGGUGCUGACACCUGGUUGGAUUCAGUCUGAUCAUGAGGCAAGUGUCCUCAGGCAGAAUCGAUCUCUUCCAGGAAGGAGAGAUCACUCUAAGCUAGGCUUCCAGGCGGCUUAGUCUCUUCACCCUGUGAAAACAAGACACAGCCUCAGGAGGGUGGUGACCGCAUGCAAAACAGGAGGCUGGAUGAAAAGCAGCCGCACAGGGCCCUGUGUUCCUGAAAUGCACCGCCUCUGGGUAUGAAUGUCCGCGGCGGAGCACAAAGAGAGCUGUGAGACGCCCACGCUUUCAGAUCUCUCCUCUUCUACCCUGAGAUCCUCCAGGCUCCGGAGAGUCCUGACUUCACAGCUGCACCUCCUUCCCAAAGCUUCACCCUGCCACCUGCCUUGCACCUACUGCCUGGCUUGAGCCAAUGCAUCGGGCUCUCUCUGGUGACAACUCUUCCCAGCCAGACCUCCAUGUGCCUGACAGACAGCAGCUUCCUCCCUGCUGCGCUUUCUCUUCCUGCUCCAAUGAUACCAUCAGGCCUCUCCCCAGCAGCUGCUGUCUCCCCUGGCUAUCAGCCCCACUAUUUCUUUGGAGUGCGCAGCUACACAUCCUCCCGGGCAAUGUGGCUACCCCAUCCUUCCUGCUGCACUGAACCGAUCGCUGUGGGAGAUGAGCACAAGAAGACGGAGCCCGUCGCUUACGUAUGUCUCUUUCUGCACCGCUCUGGUCACGACUGCCUCGCCUGACGCCUGGGAAAGCGUUCCAGAGGGUUGACCAAGUCUGGGGUUGCUGCUUCCCUCCUUUCCGCUGCGGAUUAAAGCACCGGACGGAGGACACAUCAGAAAUGACUAGUUUUAAUCAGAAUCGCUUCUGCCUCCCCAGCAUGAGGGCCAGCCGGCUGCGAGGAGCCCUGUGCUGCUUUCUGCUGGGUUGCCUCGUCCAGGAGGGCAGCGGAAUCACCCGACGCUACUACAUUGGCGCCGUGGAGACGGACUGGGACUAUGUGCACAGCAGCCCGCUCUCCGCUGGAGCCCCAGAGAUGGGAAGCCAAAAGCCAUCUAUGGCCAGCAUUUCCACGCGAUACAAGAAGGCAGUGUUUGUGGAAUAUACUGAUUCCUCGUUCACGCAAAUCAAGCCCAAACCAGCCUGGAUGGGUCUCCUGGGCCCCACCAUCCGAGCCGAAGUCUAUGACACUGUGGUUGUCACCUUUAAGAAUCUGGCUUCCCGCCCUUUCAGCCUCCAUGCUGUGGGUGUGACCUACUGGAAAGCAUCAGAGGGGGCAGGGUAUCACGAUGAGACCAGCCAGGCAGAGAAAGAAGAUGACUCGGUGGAUCCUGAUAAGACCCACACGUAUGUCUGGGAAAUCCUACAGGACCAAGGACCAACAGAGUUUGACUCCUCAUGUCUGACCUACUCCUACUUCUCUUACACUGACAGCGUGAAGGACAUCAACUCUGGCUUGAUUGGAGCCCUGCUUGUCUGCAGGCCAGGAGCCCUGGCCAAAGAUGGAACCCGGGGCACAUUGCAGGAGUUCGUGCUGCUCUUCUCAGUGUUUGAUGAAGGUGAGUGCAGGCUAGGGAUGGAGCAGAAACACAGCUGGGGUGCUGGUGUGGGGGUGAAAGUGAAACGCAGCUGUGAUCUCCAGCUGUGCCAGAACCGAGUGGUCCACUGGCACGUCAUCGGGCUGGGCACGGCCCCGGAAGUGCACUCCAUUUUCUUUGAGGGACACAGCUUCCUGGUGCGGAGCCACCGGCUGGCGGCCCACUCCAUUUUCUUUGAGGGACACAGCUUCCUGGUCCAUCUCAUGCAGAGGCAGGGAAACGGGGAUCCUAGUGAAGCAUUAUCCAGAGCUGACAGACAGACCGACCGACCGGCACUGACGCUCUCCUGGCCCUUGAAUCCAGCUGGCAUGGAAGCCUACGUCAGUGUGGCGGUCUGCCCGGAAGAGCUCAAGAUGAAGAUGCGGCUGGCCGAAGACGUGCCCGAGGAAGACGGUUAUGACGAGGGCUACGAUGCAGAGAGCACAGUGAUCCUGUUUGACGAGAGCGACUCUCCCCACUCCAUUGGCCUGCGCUCUUUCGCCAAGCAGGAGUCCGUGACCUGGACCCACUACAUUGCAGCCGAGGAGGUGGUUUGGGACUACGCCCCCAUCCUGCCCACUUCUCUGGACAGAAAUUACACAAGUCAGUUUCUGGAAGCUGGUCCUCAGCGAAUUGGUUCAAAGUAUAAGAAGGUGAUGUUUGUGGAAUACGAGGACGAGACCUUUAAGAAGCGCAAGGUGUCACAUCAAGGUGACACCGGAAUUCUGGGGCCUGUUCUUAAAGGAGAAGUUGGGGAUCAGUUGUUGAUUGUGUUCAAGAAUCUAGCAAGCCGGCCUUACAACAUCUACCCUCAUGGGCUCGCCAGCGUGAGUUCCCAUCACCCUGGGACGUCUUCAGAAGGCCUCGGCGUGAAGGAUACACCUGUUGAGCCCGGCCAGACGUUCACGUACAGCUGGAGAGUGACGACUGAGGAUGGGCCGACUGGCUCGGAUCCUCGCUGCCUGUCCCGUUUCUACUACAGCUCCGUCAGCCCCGUCCGAGACACGGCCUCGGGGCUGGUCGGGCCCCUCUUGCUCUGCUCUAAAAAAUCGAUGGAUCAGAGAGGGAAUCAGAUGAUGUCGGAUGAGACGAGGGUCGUGAUGUUUUCAGUCUUUGAUGAAAACCAGAGCUGGUACCUGGCAGAAAAUAUCCAGCGAUUCUGCACAGAGGCAGCCACCGUGAACCCGCAGGACCCUGAAUUCUAUGCCUCCAAUGUCAUUCACAGUAUUAACGGCUAUGUCUAUGACAACCUGCACCUGAGACUCUGCCUGCAGCAAGUGGUGUACUGGUACGUCCUGAGCGUCGGGGCCCAGACAGACUUCCUGUCUGUGCUCUUCUCCGGAAACACCUUCAAACGCAACCUGGUCUUUGAGGACACGCUCACCCUCUUCCCGCUUUCGGGGGAAACCGUCUACACCUACAUAGAGAAGCCAGGUGUGUGGACUCUGGGAUGCCUGAGCCCUGACUGCAGAGAGAGAGGAAUGCGGGCAAAGUUCACAGUCUCUAAGUGCAGCACUGACCCCGAGCUCUAUUCCUACGGGGAGGACUAUGACUUGGGACCGGAUUACGUGGCAUGGGAGGGCAACGGCCCUCAACCUAGGGGCUUCUCCGGGGGGAAGAGAGGACGCAGGGCGAAUGUGGGAAAGGGCUGUAAUGUCACUUCUUCCCAAAAGGAAACAGAGAUGCCCAGUGCCCAGCUGACACCCUGCUUGAGAAAAGCCAGCCAGCCGCUCGGGUUCAACCACAGCCUUCAAGCCAGCCUGAGGAACUGGGCUCUCCCCGAGACUGACUUUGAGCCAGUAGCUUAUGACUCCGACUCCUCAGAAGAAGGGUUGUCAGAAAUGAUUCGCCCUGGCCAGGGACUUGGACACCCUCCAGCUGAAGGGAAGUCACCAAGCUCCAGUGACGUGGCCCCUCACAAUGCAAGUUCAGCAGCAGCUGGCUCAUCUCCAGGAGAGUCUCUCUUCUUCGGAAAGCGCAGGCCAAGCCGUGCCACAGAGACGGCCAAAGGGGGCGCAGAGCUGCAGGCGCCAGCCGAGAACGGGACGUUGCAACCAACUGCUCCGUUCGCCCACUUGGAAGAGUUUCUUCAAGGGAAUGUUACUUCGGCACAAUCAGAAGAGACGGUGCAUGCACUGGGCCCUCAGGAGCUUUUCUUCAGGGCUAGCGACACUGGCCCUGCAGGGAACGAGAGGCCACUGCAAGCCCAGGACUCCAGGCGUGAUCCCGGGGUUCAGAAAAGGGCUGCGCUAGAGGGCGAGGAAAAGCCGCUGGAGCCGAAUGUCACAUCUUCAAGGCCACACAAGCCACUGGCGUCGGCUAAGGACCGCCCUUUCCUGAAAGGGGCUAGUGCUUCCGCGCCACGGGGCCAGGCAGCAGAGAGCACAAGCGGGCGUGCCGUCGCCCAUGGGAACAACGGGGAAGCAUUUCUUAAAAGCAGCAGUGCACCAGGGCAACUAGACAUGAGGCUAGAAAAUGGCACCAAGCUUCAAGAAGAGGCGUCACUAGGCCUUUCCGGAGCGUCUCAAGAGGGGACGCGAAUUAGCCCGGCGCCCGGCGCCGUGCCCCACGAGAACGUGCCGGCGGCAGACGGAGACGUGUCCUUUGCAGAGAAGUCUUCAAAUGACACAGAAAUUCAAAGGGCCCCUCUCCCACAUCAGGAACACCCUUCCCUCGGUAAGACUAACAUUGCACCCUCAGACAGAGCAGAUCGGGGGCUUGCAGAAAACCGUCCCCUGGCCCACGAGACCAGGAGUGUCGCCCAGUUAGGGCUGGAUGAACCUGCUGAUGAUCCGGGCCUUUCAGGUGCAGAGCGGCGCUUGGCUGCAGCAAGUGGCAUGAGGCUAGCACCCGACAAGCGUACCAGUGGGACAAGCCUCCCAGGAAGAAGAGUUCUGGGCCACAAUGGCAGUUCUGCCCCCAGCUAUGUCCCGACACCAGACACCGAUGAACUAACGCGAGGGCCAAAGCCCCAUGAUGCUGCGGAAAGGAAGGAGACGUCGGACAGCGUGGCGCAUAGCGGGGAAGUUUCUCUCUCCAGGAGAGCCCCUCCAGCAGGGACGGUGGACUCGAGAAAUGGUCCGGCUCUCCUGGAGGCCAGCAGGUCAGACGAAGAAGGUGCAAUCCACAGGAAUAAGAGCAUGGAGCCGGCCUCGGACAGCUGGCCCCCUGCAAAGCCGACUUUCAAGCCCUGCACCUCUCAUGGACACAAGAGGCCCCUGGAAUCAGCCGGUGCUUCGCUGGAAGGGACGGAGCCAGCAAGCAUAGAGGCCUCGGAGACCCUGGCCAAACAGGCCUCCAGAGCGAGCACCCUGCGUCCCCAGGGGGGCGAGGCUCUCGGCCAGGCCCUGCCAGGAGGCCAAAGGCAGCUGAGGCACAUCCAGCAAGAAAACCAAGUGCUGAAAGAGGAAGAUGCCGCUCCCCUCCCAGGCCCAGGAUGGAAGGGGCCGCAGGGCAGCGUGGAAAGCACCAGCAAAGCAAAGAACAGGAGCUCGGCUCCUGGGCCCGAGGCCUAUUUGGAGAGCCCUGGAGAGCCCCAUGCCCCCGACAGUGCAGCCAAGUCCAGCAUCGCCGAGCCCCAGACGGAGAAAUCCGACUAUGAUGACUACAGCAGCCCCGAGAGAGGCGCGGGCGACUUUGACAUCUACGGGGAGGAGGAGCAAGGGCCGCGCUCCUACCAGGGGCGGGUCCUGCAGUAUUUCGUGGCAGCGAUCGAGGUGCUGUGGGAAUACGAGAGCCAGAGACCCCAGCACUUCCUGAAAGUGAAGGGCCCCGGGCGGGGCUGGAGGAAGCCCGCCCAGCAGUUCAAGAAGGUGGUUUUCCGAGGGUACCUGGACAAGGAUUUCACCCAGCCGCUGGCGCGCGGGGAGCUGGACGAGCACCUGGGGCUCCUGGGGCCCUACAUCAGGGCGGAAGUGAAUGACUUCGUCAUGGUGAGCUUCAAGAACCUGGCUUCCCGGCCUUACUCCUUCCACUUCAACCUCCUGCCCGACCAAGAUGGCCCGGGGGGCGACAGCAGGCCCAGCCAGCAGGCAGUGCCGCCCGGCGAGCUCCGCGAGUACUCCUGGAAGGUGCUGCCCCAGAUGGCACCUGCUGACAAUGAGUUUGACUGCAAGGCCUGGGCUUACUUCUCCAGCGUUAACCAGGAGAAGGACCUGCACUCUGGCCUGGUCGGGCCGUUGCUUAUCUGCCGCUCCGGCAUCCUGAGCCCUGCCUUUGGGAGGCAGCUGGCCGUGCAGGAGUUCUCGCUGCUCUUCACAAUCUUCGAUGAGACCAAAAGCUGGUACCUCGCCGAGAACGUGCAGAGGAACUGCCCGCCCCUCUGCCGGACCCAGCUGCACGACCCUCAUUUUAGACAGAGAAGCCGCUUUCCGGCUAUCAACGGCUACAUGCAGGACUCGCUGCCCGGGCUGGUGGUGGCUCAGCACCAGAGGGUGCGCUGGCACCUGCUCAACAUGGGCAGCACGGAGGACAUCCACGCGGUCCAUUUCCACGGGCAGCUCUUCUCUGUCAGGACGAACCACGAGUACCAAAUGGGAGUCUACAACCUCUACCCCGGUGUCUUUGGGACGGUGGAAAUGCGGCCCGCCCACCCGGGGAUCUGGCGGGUGGAGAGCGAGGUUGGAGAGCACCAGCAGGCCGGAAUGAGCGCCUUGUUCCUUGUGUAUGACCCGAAGUGUCAGAUCCCGCUGGGCCUGGCCUCCGGGAACAUCGCCGACUCUCAGAUCACAGCGUCAGGCCAGUACGAGCAAUGGGCACCGCGGCUGGCCCGCUUGGACCAGUCGGGCUCCGUCAACGCCUGGAGCACAGACGGCGGCAACUCCUGGAUCCAGGUGGAUCUGCUGCGUCCCACCAUCCUUCAUGGCAUAAAGACCCAGGGGGCCCGGCAAAAGCUCUCCAGCCUCUACAUCUCCCAGUUUGUCAUCUUCUAUGGCCUUGAUGGCAAGUGGUGGAAGAGCUACAAGGGAAAUGCCACCAGCUCCCAGAUGGUGUUCUUUGGGAAUGUGGAUGCAACGGGAGUGCAAGAUAAUCACUUCAACCCGCCAAUCAUCGCUCGGUAUAUCCGCCUGCACCCCACGCACUACAGCAUCCGGACCACGCUGCGCAUGGAGCUCAUUGGCUGUGAUCUGAACAGCUGCUCCAUGCCCUUAGGAAUGGAGAACAAAGGCAUCUCCAACCAGCAGAUCUCUGCCUCCUCCCACAGCACGACUGUGUUCUCCAGCUGGGCUCCCUCGCAGGCCCGACUGAACCUGCAGGAGAGGACGAACGCCUGGAAGCCAAAGGUGGACAGCCCCACGGAGUGGCUGCAGGUGGACUUUGAGAAGAUCAUGAGGGUCACUGGAAUUGUAACCCAGGGUGCCAAAGCCAUCUUCAGUCCCAUGUUCGUGAAGGAGUUUGCCGUCUCCAGCAGCCAGGAUGGCUCGCACUGGACUCCGGUCCUGCAGGACGGCAAGGAAAAGGUCUUCCAGGGCAACCAAGAUCAUCUCAGCACCGUGGUGAACACCCUGGACCCGCCGCUCUUUGCCCGGUAUCUGAGGAUACGCCCCCGCCGGUGGCAUCACCACAUCGCCCUGAGGACGGAGUUCCUAGGCUGCGCCGCUGCCCCCCGCCUCUGGCGCCUCUGCUGUGCCGUGUAG